AUGCGCGCCCCGGCGGAAUUCUACCUCACAAUAUUCGACAGGUACGGCAAUCUACCCAGGUACGGCAAUCUACCCUGCUCGGCGGAAACCGGUCGGGAACUAAUCUGGGAAUUCAACUUUCAAUUUGAUUCUGCCGUCGACCCUUAUAACAAGGAAUCCGUAUCCCUACUCGAGAAACAAGGGAUCGAUUUGUCGCGGAACAAGAAAUACGGGAUCGACUCACGCGAGUUCGCCCUGCAGUUCAAGUGCUCGGAGCUGGGGAUGCGGUCGUAUUCCGGCAGGCUGGUCUGGCUCACCUUCCACGGGCCGUACGAUUUCGCGGAAUGUGUACGAUUUGAAGAGUAUGAUUCCGUUCGUCGGACUUCACGGGGGUUUGGAAAAGGUUGCGCGGAGUAUGAACUUGAAGAGGGCCGUCGGAAAAAGUCACCAGGCGGGCUCCGACAGCUUGCUGACGAUGCAUGCGUUUUUUGGGUUGAUGAAGAAUUGCUUGGAGAUUGCUUGGAGAUGGGGGGUCGCGACCCCCGGGCGAGUAGUUUGAACUUGAUGAUCGCCGGAAAUACCGGUUUGGAGAGGAUGCAGACAUUAUCCGGGUUGUUCGGGUUGAUGAAGAGGAAUAGUUGUUCGGGUCUGGACGGGUUGCUGACGAUGCAGACGCUAUUCGGGUUGAAUGCUCGUGCCGUCUUUUGA